AUGAGAUACAAACUUACAGUUCUUGGGUUCACAUCCAUCUUAAGGAUAAGGUGUGGAAAAUAUGGUGAAAAAGGACAUAACAAGAGAAGUUGUAGAAUUGUUGUGAGAAGUCCAGUUGGUGGGAGAUUUGGUGCGAGUGUUGGGACAAGUGCAAGGUCUAGUGGAAGUGCUGGGACAAGUGCAGGGGCUAGUACAGGUACUGGGACGAAUGCAGGGGCUAGUGCAGAUGCUGGGACAAGUUCAAGUUUGGCAUUGGUGGCUAGCCAUGCAGCUCUACCUCCUGAUCCUGAGGAUUAUUGGAAGUCUGCGCUGCCAAACACUCCCGUGCCCAAAGCAGUCAAGGAUAUUCUGCACACUGAAGUGUUGGAAGACAAAAGCACUUCUGUUGUGGUGAGGAAGGAUGCUGUAGACUUAGGGACGAGUCUCAAGGUGGCUUUUGCGUACGUAUAUGCUGCUACUAAGGACCAACUCCAUGAUAACCCAAAUGUUGCUCUUUUCUUUUUGGAGAAGAAUAUGCACAAAGGCACAAAGACGAACUUGCACUUCAUUAAAACGAGAAGAAAAUCCGUCUUCUUGCCUCACCUGGUCGCUGAAUCGAUCCCUUUUGCAUCCGAAAAAAUGCCUGAAAUUCUGAACAAAUUCUCGGUCUCACCCAAUUCAAUGGAAACUAAAGCAAUGAAGAAAACCAUAAAGCAGUGUGAGGAACCUGGCAUCAAAGGGGAGGAACAAUAUUGUGCUACUCGAUAG